AUGGCAGAAUCUCAGUCAUCCGAUUCCAAGUCCUCGAGUACACCCAAGGAAAAUGGCUACAUACCAGGAGAUGACGCAUGGACAACCUGUCGGAACCUUUGGCGAGGUCUUACAGGAAAGAUGACACCAGAAGGGAUGGAGAAAUUUCGUGUGGCCAGAGAUCUUCGAAACGAAAAAGAAGAUUGCAAGCGCUGUGAAGAUCAACGGGACUACCUCCUCCAAUACAGCCCUAUGAUACAGUUUAUACAGGAUAAUAUAAAACAACUUGGUGGGAACAUUUCAAAUCACAAUAUUUUCUGCCGGCGUUGCAACCGUCGGCAAGCAGGUGGUUUCGAUCCAGAUUACGGAAUUCAAAUCUGUGCAAAUGAAAUGAGGAACCAGGGGCACCUGGAAGACACAUUGGCACAUGAAAUGAUACAUGCCUAUGAUCAUAUGAGAUUCAAAGUCAAUUGGGAUGAUAACCUUCGGCAUGCUGCUUGCGCCGAGAUACGAGCAAGUAACUUAAGCGCAUCAUCAAGAAUGCGUGAGACGAAGGGCAAUAUUAUCCGUAAGAGCUAG